GUAAUAUUUUUCAAAAUGAAGAUUGGCAACAAAAAAGUGUUUGUUUUCAUUUCGGCAAAUUUCUGCUCAUUAAUAAGUUUUUAUUUGUUUCCAUUUAAUUAAUAUGUCAUUAUGGAUCCUUCUCAAGUAGAAAGGCUUAAACAAAGUCACCAAGAGAGUCUUCAAUUAUGUGAGGAAAAAAUAAAACAAUGGGAAAAAUUCAAAAGUGACUAUCAGGUUUUGAAACAGCAACUGCAAUCGUUGCCCAAUGAAGUGUCUUAUGACAUCACAGUUCCUUUCGGGCCCAAUGCUUUUUCCAUGGGUAAACUUGUUCAUACAAACGAAGUGAUGGUAUUGUUGGGUGAUAAUUGGUUUGCUGAAGUCUCAGGAAAACAAGCUGCCGAGAUUGCUGAUAGAAGGAUAGCACAAUGUGAUAAAAUGUUGGACGAUUUAUCAAAAGAGAAAAACCAGUUUGAAAAUUGGUUAAGCUACAUAGGUGAAGUGUGUAAUGAUGAUUUAGUUGAAAUAGUGGAAGAAUAUGAUGAAGAAAAAGAAAAAGAAUGGCGAAUUCAGCAUUCAAAGAAUGUCAAAGCCUAUCGACAAAAAAUUUCUCAGGAGGCAAAACAUAACCAUUCCAACGGAGAAGAUGGAGAUAGUAAUUUAGAUGAUGAUGAGUUCAUAGCCAAAUUAGAAAGUCUUGAACUAAUGGAGACAUCUGAGAAUAGGGAAUUGUCUGAUUUAGAAGAGAAUGAUGAAAUAUCACUUUCAAAAGAAUUGUCUGAAUCAGAAGGAAAUGACAGUGAAAUUUCACCUUUGAAAGAAUUGUCUGAAUCUGAUGGAAAUGGUUGUGAAAUACCAUCUUCUAAAGGGCAGUCUGACUCCUUCACAGACAUAUCCAGAAGUGACGAUAUUGAACUUCAAUUGGAGGAGGAAAAAAGUAGCAAAACAUCUCUAAGAUUAAACAUUAAUUGUACAAACGAUCUAAAUUCAGUUCAUGAAACAGAAUCAGGUGAUGAUGAAGAUGGUAGUAAAAGCGAUGAUGUGAAUGCUAAUCUGGAAAAUUGUAAUGCAGGAUCACAUGAAAAGCAUGUUAGGUGGCAAGAUCUGUCCAAGCAAAGCAUUAAAAAAAUAACUUUCAAACACAGUAGAAGCAAACAUCACAACCAUUCGAAACACCAAAUUAAAAGACAGGAUUCGAGUGAAAGUGAUGAACCACAGCCCCUUAUACAGAGCCCUUCUGAUAUCUAUAAACAUUUUGGUAGUUUCUUCCAAGCUUCCUCACCCAAGUCGAUAUUAAAGGUGAAGAAUUCUCCAUCUACUCCGGAUGGGAAUGAAACUUUCUUUCCAGUGGAUGAUAUGGUGCCAAAUGAUAGUUCUCCAGAUCUCAAAAGUGAAAAUAUUGUGAAUGCUUUUACUGGAAAAGUUUAUGAGCGAUCUAGUCCAAUCCAUAUACCUGAAAAGAAAUCUUCGUCCAGACCAUCGUCCCAUUUUAAAAAUACCCGUAAGAAUCGUCGAAGAUAAUCAACUUCCAUAUUCCAUCAAUCUGUACCAGUGAUAAAUCUGUACAACAGUGUUAUAUUUUAAAUAUAACAAAUAAAAUUUAUGUUUCUAAA